AUGCAAAUUCAUUCAACCUCAAUGCCUAUUCUUUCGGUCUCAACGUUUAUUCUCUAUCUAUGCGGAAGCCACCUCACCAGUCACAGCAGCAGCGCCUUGGCGCAACUCACGGCCAGUCAAGUGCAACACGCCGUUGUGGGUAAUGUUCACAAGCACCUCCAACUUGGCAUUUGGCUUCAAGUCCGACAACACCAAACGAGCAAGCAAGUCGCCGGCCUCGUACACAACCUCACGGCGGACUUCUGGCUCGUCGUCCGACUCCGAGUCCGAGGUUGGCUCAGCAGCAAUCUCCGUCUCUUUCACGGUACGCUGGCCCUCGUACAACUCCACAACCACAUCUGCCGCGUCGCCGUUGGUCACGGUGAAAGACUUGCGGAUAGGGUAGGCAGUCUCCUGGACCAAAAGAGCGUGGAACUUUCCGUCGGCGUCCUUGAUUCCGAUAGGCUUGCUCAAAUGCUGGGUGUUGACAACAACAGGCUGCAAGGACUCGUGGAUCUCCUCGGCGUCAAAGCCUUCGACCAACGCAGCUUGCAAAGCAGCACCUUUGGUCGACAACUCCUCUGGGUUGGAGGCACGCGAGUCCAAAGAAGGAGCCACCACGGUGGUGGACUCGGGGAAAAGGAACUGCACGUUCUGGGCCAACUUGACCACGUUGGCGCAUCCACCGGUCAACAAAACCUCGUCGACGUCCAAAGCGUCGAUGCCAGCCUUGGCCAACACCAGAUCGACAAACGCCGUCAUGUCGCUCAAGGGCUUUCUUGCGGCCAACUCAAAACGCAAACGGUUGAUGUUGGAGAGGAAAUCGAAGCCGUCGGCCAACGACUCGAUGGAGAACGACGACGACGUGACGUUGGACAAGGUUUUCUUGGCCACAAUGGACUCGGCCUUCAACUUGGCCACGGCACGGGCGUUCUUUCUUGGGUCGGUCAGGAACUUCUUCUCGAACUCUUUGGCAAAGUGCUCGGAGAGCGCCGCGUCCAACUGGUCACCGCCCAAGCCUGGAGCGUGUGCUGUGGCCAAGAUGGUCAAAAUGCCGCCACGGACAGCAAUGACAGCGGCGUCGGAACGGAUUCCACCAAAAUCAGCAACCACAUAAAGACGGUCCUCCAAGAGACGGUCUUCGGCGGACAAGUGCGCCAACAACGCGGCCGAGGGCUCGUUGAUGGUCUGCAACACAUUGAGGCCCGCAUCCUUGGCGAUCUGGGCCAAAAGCUCCUUCUGGUGCUCGGAGAAGUCCGUUGGCACCGUGAGCACCACGUGGUCGACGCUCUUGCCCAAGUAGUCCUCGGCAGCCAACUUCAUCUGCACAAAGUGUCUUGUGGCAGCCUCCUCCACCGAAACGAGCUCGGUCUUGUCUUCUUCCCGCAAGAUCUUGUAGGCGAUUCCGCCAUCUUCUCUCUUGACAGGUGGAGCGCCGGCGGCAGCGACAGAAAGAUCCACCUCGUCGUACUUCUUUCCGAUGAAGUCUCUGAAGUUGAUGAUGGUGUUGGCGGCGUUUCAUGA